AUGGCAUUUGUGUUUGGCCCACUGAUCGGAAAAUUCGGAGGCCCUUCCUGUGAGCCAGUCAACAACUCCUGGGACCUGUUGAUUUCUUGUUUCAAACAGAAGAGCUGGUCAACGGAAAUCACUACAUCAAAGGGCUGUCUCUACCUACCCACGGGACGGCCAACCUGUUGGAGCUCUGUCUUAAUGACUCGUCAAGUUGUUGUACAGGAUAUGUGGAACGCCGUGACGGUAAAGUCAGGGCAAAGAUAA